CAGCCGCCGGUCCUUUUGCGGGCCUUGCCGCCUCCGCCGGGGGCUCGGGCGCCCGCGGCCAGUCGGCAGUCGGUUCCCGGCGGCGCCCCCGCCUCCCCGAGCAGGUAGAAGAUGACAGAAUACUCGAGAAAGUCCUUCAAGGACAGUCUGAGAGGCAUAAAACAGCGUAUGAGAGAGAAAAGAAAUCAGAAAUGGGCAAGGCUGGGUAAAACUAUCCAGUUCUCCACCGUAAAGGCCAAAAGAGCAACCAACAGCUCCUGCAAAAUGAAGAUCAUUCAAGCAAACAACAGAGAUCUAGCUCUGUCUUUGCAAGAAGAAAAGCUCAAACUGAGGGAAGCCGAAGCUACCAUUCUUCAGUUAAGGAAAGAUUAUCACAAUUUGAAGGCUCAGAUGUUUGACUUGCAAAGAAAUCAUAGGUUCCAGCAAGAAAAAAGACUUGCGGAGAAUCAACUGGCAGCCUUGAAUGAGAUAAUUUCCAAAGUCUCUCAGAAUUUACUGGACUCAAUUGAUCUCCUUGGCCCAGCAAAGAAUUUGUGUUCCAUAGACAUGAAUCAAAGAGUGCUUUCUUCAGGUCCUGAAAACAGUUGCUGCAGUGUCACAGGACCAAUAGGUUCAACAAGGCCUCUGCAGUGUGCUUAUGGAGAUGAUCCAGUGCUUCCAAGUAGGACAGAAGACAGUAGUGAUAGAAAUUCUUGGUCAAAGACCUGUGUGGAAUCUGACAGUGACAUUUCCUUAACCAAAAUAAUUCCAAAAAAAGGAUGGAGUUUUGAUAUUCAUCUGGACAACAUAGAAUCAGAACUGCAAAACAUUUCUUCAAAUGGAAAGGUUGGAUUUGGUAGGGUGUUACCAAAAAAUGUGUCCACCAGACGUUGCUUUUCAAAGACAAGAAACCUCAAUGGAAUUUGCACUGGUGUCUUGGACCACUCAGAAGCACCUGAUUCAAUAGAAAAACUUUCUGAAGAGAAAGAAAUUAGGCUUGAGGAAAGUCUAGAGGAGUGUGCUACAGAAAAUGUAAAUGCUGAACAUCUAGAGGAGCGUGCUACAGAAAAUGUAAAUGCCGAAAGUCCAGAGGAGUGUGCUACAGACAAUGUAAAUGCAGCUAUUUCUCACUUGAAUGAAAGCAAGGUAGAUUCAGAGCAGGGGUUGAGGCCGAGAAAUUCUGAAACUGCACAGUUCAACUUAAAACAUAAUUCUAAUCUUAAACAAUCUGAGUGUAAAAGCAGAGAAAACUCUCAAGGAAGGAAAGAGAAGCACCAGAAGAGAGUACUGAAACAGCCUAAAAAUACUUCCCAACAAGGACCAGGAAAACAGGAUAAAGAGGCUUCCAAAAAAAAGCUGAAUUUCUUGGGUGGCAUCAGUGAUGCUUAUGACUUUCAUUUGGAAGAGAGUGUCCAUGUUACACCUUUUCGACAAAACAAGGUGAAUGACAGAGAUACUGCUGUGGAUGACACAGAAGACUCAGAUGAAACUGAUUCCAUGGAGUCGAGCGAUACUGAAGAUGAUUCAGACGACAGUCUCUAUGAGCCUUACAAGAGUAAAUCAAAGAAAAGGCGAAGUUCAGCAGACAAUAAUGCUACAUCGCCAAUCCAUCCAAGGCCAAGGUCUAAAAGAUGUUUGGCACAGUGUGAGCAGAAAUUCUGUCAUGAAGAAGAGACUGAAAACAACAAAUCAAGUGACAAGUCUAUUAGGCAGCCUUCUGAGCCACCUCGUGGGCAUCUCUGUGAUGUUACCAAUACCACUGCAUUGCUCCCCAGCACUGAGGAUGCAGCACCUGUCCCAGAAGGAGAAGGACCCCGGUCUCCAAAACGCAAGCGAAGCUGUACUGUUACCGUGAGCUAUAAAGAACCAAGUCUUACAGGGAAGCUCAGGAGAGGAGAUCCAUUUACAGAUACACAGUUCCUGACGUCUCCAAUUUUCAAGACGAAGAAAAAAUGCUAAAUGAUGUUCUCCUAAGAAUGAAUCUCCGAAAAAAGACAAUGAGAAAUUGGUUACCUGUCAUUUGAGAUUUUCAGCAAAACCAUGCUCAUGCCAUGAGGAAAGGAAAUCUUUCAUCCAAAUUGCUGUUGCACAAUACCUUAUAUAAGUAUGUGAAUAUUUGUGUAUCUAAUAUUAAGGAUAUCAGAUUAAGGAGGUAUAAAUUUAAUCUAGUGACUUGUUUUUAAUGAUACAGAUCAAUUACUUUUAUAACUGAAAUUAUUACAUUCAAGCUCUUUUUGACUGGAUCUGGGAGUGUAUGAGAAAUCUGAUGGAUAAGAUGCUGAAUGUCAUGUUAUGACUUGUAGUCAGUAAGGCUGAACUUUAGGCACUUGAGAUGUUUUGUGUAGGAAGGCUUUUUAAUAACAGUUUUUGUACAGAUGUUGUUUAUGUAGUGGUUGUAGUUUCAUAUUGAAUCUUUAUAAUAAAUGUCUUAGUGUUUGGAAGCAGCUCAGAGCGGGUUGGUGGUUUUUUUGCAGUUUCCUUAUGUGCUCCAAGGGCAGUAACAUCAGCAGUGGGCGUUAGAGGCUUAUGUACUCUCCCCAUCUCACGUGGUGACAUAAGCACUGUUUAGAAGCGUGAUUGUCAGUUGUAGUUUGAUUCUGUAGCUGCAACUUUCAAAAGCAGCAACUUAGGCUUGGUUGGUCCUGCUCUGAGUGCAAGCUAGAAUCAACUUAACCAGACAGAAACAAAGCGAAUUUCUCCAUGAAGGUUGGUGAAGAGGGCUCUGCUUUGGUGGAAUGUAAAGCAAACUAUUAGUCUCAGCUGUUCUGGGACUAUCAUAAUAAUUUAUUAAUUUAUAAUAAUUUUGUCCCUGCUUUGCCAAGUGCCUUUUGAAGAGGAAGAGCUGCCCCAUCUGAGCUGGUGCUAUUUGGUGCCACAACAGGCUGCAUGUGAGAACACUGUUAUCAACUGUUUAGCACAAAACUGCUUUUUCUUUGCUUGAGAAACACUUA